GUUAAUUGAGACAAUAACAAAAUGGAAGGCGUUUUGUGGAAGUGGACGAAUUAUUUAUCAGGAUGGCAACCACGAUGGUUUGUUCUAGAUAAUGGAAUAUUAUCGUAUUAUAAAUCACAGGAAGAUGUCAACAAUGGUUGUAAAGGAUCAAUUAAAAUGUCUGCUUGUGACAUCUCAGUUCAUCAGACGGACCACUCUCGUAUCGAUCUGAUUAUUCCUGGAGAACAGAGAUAUUACGUUAAAGCUGCUAAUUCCCAGGAACGACAAGAAUGGUUGGUGGCACUCGGAUCAUCAAAAGCAGCGUUCAACAGUUCACACAACCGACCAGAAUCAGGAGAAUUAUCACCUGAUAUUAUUAAAUCCAAGAAAUCGGAGUUACGUUUGUACUGUGAUUUCCUCAUGCAACAAGUGCAUUCCGUGAAACAAAUCGUAAAAGCAGAAAACGGUCCCCCUGAUGAAGAGAAAUUAACAGAAGCGUCUCACCUGUUAGGGGCUACUUGUGACACUUUUAUCCAGACAUUAGAAGAUUGUAUGAAGCUGGUUAGUACAAUGCCUGUUUAUGAAAUGCCCCAUCAACAUGUUACAGACUCGGCUAUUCCACCCUCACCCUCUCAUGGCCGUGUUAGAAGGUCAAGUUCUAACAAGAGUCAAACAUCCAGACCUAACUCAGUAGAAAAACAAAUACCUAAUCGCAGAUCAUCAAGUAGUUCUACAGAGGGGGCACCACCACCACCACUGUCUUCAUCAACUCGACCACGCACAGUUUCCGAUGUUUCUCAUUCAGAAACGACCAUAAGUGAACAUUCCACCAAAGAAAUCCCCCGAACGCGAACAUCUUUAUCGGAAUCUAACGUAAUUCCAGAACAACCCACUGAAACUCUAGUCACAAAGAAAGUGAAUUCCUCCACUGUACAGUUACCUCCCUUGUCUGUAAAUAGUUCCGAAGACAUGGAGUCGCCCGAAGAUUUUCAAGAUGCCAUUGAUCCUAAAUUACCAACAUUCUUUUCAAGUUUAGAAAAAAGUUUUUCAGAUCUAGAUUUAACCACACCAGAUGGUAUUAUAGUACCAGAUUUUCUGUCAGCGUGUCAAUGUAUUAUUCCCUUGUUUGAUAAGUUAAAUGGAACAGCCUUUGCUCCUGUAAAAAUGGAUUUUGCCGGAAAUAUCAGAAAAAUGAGACAGAAGUAUUCAACCGAUCCAGCCAAAUUUGAAACGUUACAGAAAAUGGUUUUAUCUGAAGUACAGGCUAAACAACAUACAAACUCAAACUCGGCUACCGUCGCAUUGCUCUGGAUGAAAAGAGGAUUAGAAUUUAUUCGUGAGAUAUUACGUGAGAUUAAUAGCGGAGAGAUGGAUCUAACUCUGUGUGCUAGCAACGCUUACAAUAGAACUUUAAAAAACUAUCAUGGUUGGGUUGUACGAGGAGUGUUUGCCGUGGCAACCAAGGCGUUACCAUAUCGUGAAGUGUUUUUAGCACAGUUGGCUACAGAAGAUUGCGAUACCCAGGGUCAGAUUUAUGCUCAUUCCGUUCAAGAGGAUAUCGAGAGCUACGUUAAAGGCCUGAACAACACAAUCAAAGUCAUUGAUCAUUUUUACAAGUCAAAUAAUCUGGAUGAUCAAGAACAAAUCUAAGCUUGCUAUCGUCACUAAUUCUGUUAUACUACUGUAACUAGGGUAUCGUGCUCUUUAAGUGGGAGUUUCUGUAUUUACUAUUUAGUUUCAGACCACUGUAGUCUGUGAAGUGCUCAACACUGCUCUGGAAAAUGAACAGUUGUAAGUCCAACAGUCAUAUAAGUUUAAAUUACGAGACAGUUUCUGUAUUUAAUGUUUUGUGAUUAACAGACUAAUUAAUUACUCAUCACGACUCGCGAAAGUAAACAGUUAUAAACCCAACACAUUAUCUAAUCUAGACAGACCAUUUAAACUAUACAACAGUAGAAACCAAAUGGUUUUCACAUAUUCUCAAUAAAUUUGAAUAAUUGGCCAACAAUGGUUUGAAACUAAACAUUAAAAUUGCAAUUUCAUAUUUUUAAGUUAUAUUUUUAAAAUGUAUUAAAAUAAAGCCUUAAAAUAGAUGGUAUCUAUAAACAGUCCUGCCUUGUUAAAGAAUAAUCCUAUUAAUCCUAUAAUUCACUAUUGCCAGUUGAGAAAUUGGCAAAAAUAUCAUUUUUCUCUUCAAAUUCAAACGUUUGAAGAUAACUACUCCAUGGUGGAGAAUAGAAAACAAGGGAGGUAAUUUGGAGGUAAUUGUGUUAUUAUUUCCGGUGUAAAUGAGUUUUAAGUGUGAGAAUGACACCUAAAAUGUAUGAUCGUAUAAUAGUGAGUUGACAACCUAUUGAGCAAAAGACAUAGAAAUAAUUAUGUUUUGACUUUCUUAGAAAAUAUGAAAUUGUAACUUUAAAUGCAGAAACUCUUGGUAAAACAGCAUUAUUAAACGAUACCCAAGUUGUAGUGUCAAUGCAUUUAAAAGUUUUAUGUUUGUUAAUUGUUAAAGAAAAUUUUACGUGAUUUAGUCCCACACAGAGACAGAUGAUAUUGUAAGUUUUGAUUUGUUCAAAACUGGGGGGAAAUCUAUGUUUAUUUAAAUUAGGUCGGUCAGCGUAUGUAGGUCACAGCGAUAAUUUCAGAUUUAGAAUAACCUUAAUUUUCAUGCACGACACUGAAAGCUGAUCAAAUUAACAAAACAUAAUAAAAGACAAGCACCCUAACUGGAUAAAUAAGUCUACUCACUGUUUCCAGUAUUUCCAUGAUUAACAGUAUUAUACAAACUGUACUAAAGAUUUAAAUCAAGAACUGGUCAUUCUUCUUAUAUAAAAUAGUUCAAAAAUAGAUAACGAAAACUGAGGUCUGUCCUUGAGUCAACUGGCAUGGUCUUGAUUCCCUGAUUGUACUUGACAAGGAGUAGGGUCGCCUGUAGAAACUCAGAAGUUUUCUCUGGGUCCUCCCGCUGCGGAAGACUCCUAUGUGCAAGCAAAUUAUUGGAAUAAGAUUGAACCAUUUGUUAGUCUCGAAAUGACCUGGUUUAUCUCUUAAUUCCUUUGUUUUCCAUCAGUAAACUGGGUAUGAACUUCAUGGAAUUAUUUGAUGUCAAUUUUCACACCACAUUGAAUUGUAACUUAGGUUAUAUACAUUUGUCAUUUUCAUAUAUGGUAUGUCAAGUUUGAAUUCAUUUAUUUGUUUUAGGUCACAAUUUUAUUGAGUAGCAGUAAGUGAUUGAAUAUGAUAACAGAUAUAAAAUGAAAUGAAAUUGUGUUUAAGGUCCUACUUUUUUACAUUAAUCAGGCUAAUCAACACUGGUGUCAAGGGGGGAGGCUAUCCGAAAAUUUUUGUUCUGAAAUGUUAAAGCUGUUGUAUUGAAAAUAGUACAAGUAGUUAGAAAAUGUAAUAAAGGAGGGAAAAUUAACAUUAAAAAAAAGUUGUUGCCAGGGUAACUCAUUUUGGGGGAAAAAAUUAUGAAAAACGUAGGUACGCUAUAUCUCUGUAACUAAUUCAGAUAUCUUCACCAAAUUUGCAGGUUAUAUAAACUAAUAUCUCCCACAGAAUCAGACAGAAAGCAAUUUGAAUUAUCAUUAAUAUUAUAAAAGUUAUCAAAAUAUUUCUCCAAAGGCAAAAUAUUGUAGUGAGGCAAAUGUUUUAAACAUCAUUUUCCAAGAAACUAUAAAAAUUAUAGAGAAAAACUCUUUGUCUGGUUUUAGGGUUAUCAUUAAAGAAUAAGCAGUCCAAAAAUGAGACAUUUAUCUUCAUUAUUAUCAGAGAUAUGUGGUGUACCUACGUUUUUCAUACUUUUUCCAAACAAAUGUGUUACCCUGGCAACAACUUUUAUUUUUUUUUUUUUAAUAUUAGUUUUCCCUUGUUUAUUACAUUUCCUAACUACUUGUGCCAUUUUCAAUUCAAUAGCUUUAGAAUUUCAGAAAACAUUUUUCGGGUAGCCUCACCCCUCAAGUCUCUCUCUCUCACUCUAUGGAAAAGUAAAAUAUUAAACCCAAUUUCAUUAUUUUUUUUUAAUCAAAUCAAUAAUUUACCUCGAUGACUCGAUUUCCUAGCCCUAAGAGCAGAUAAAAUUAGAAAUUAUAAUCAUAUCAAGGACAGUAUUUUGUAAACUUUGUUGAACUGAAGAGUAUAAGGAACAUAGCAAAUUAUGCAUUUAUUAUAAAAUAUGUUUUGUUGACUGUAUUUAAUAAGCUUUGAUUCUAUUAUAAAUUUAAUUUAAAUGGAAGAGAAUUACUAAUAUGAUAUUUAUUAAACUUUAGAGACAUUAACUGAUCAUUUCCCUUUAAUUAGCUUUAAUCAAACAAUUAAAACAUGGAUAUCUGUAAAAUAAAUAUGCUGAAAUUAAAACUGGGAAGUGUGUAGGAAAUACGGUGAAAUUCCACCUGAAAUGUUGUAGAAAAUACAGUGAAAUUCCACGUGGGAUAUUUGUAGAAAAUGCGGUGAAAUUCCACCUGGUUUGUCUGUAGAAAAUAUAAAUUAUUAUUAUGGGAUAGAUAUAUUAUCUGGUGCAAUAUUUAUAGCGGAAUAUUUUAUCGUAUAUAUAUAGGUGAGAUUAAAUGAACUGAUGUGGGAAAUAUAGCUCUAUUUUACUAAUUGUAAUAAGUAGUACCCAUUAUAAACACAGCGGGGGGG